CCCCUCAAUCCCCACAAACUAGGCUCCUAUUCAUCUUCCUCCAGGUGACUCUCAGCCAUGAAGACACUUGUUCUCUUCUCUGUCUUUGCCCUGCUGGCCAUUCAGACCCUUGCUGAUCCUCUGCCCGAAACAAAUGAAGAGGCUAAUGAUGAGAAGCAGCCAGGAAUACCGGACCAGGAUUUGCUGGCCUUCAAUGGAGUCCCAGGACGUUCUGUUCUCCCACCAUCAGCAAAAAAAGAUUUGUGCCUGGAGUACUGUAGAAAUUUACCACUUUCAAAAAGAGAAUGGUGCUUGAAGGCCUGCAUUAAGUUCUGAAAAUUUUACCGGCGUGUUACCAGGAUCUGUAUAAAAUCGUUCUGCCUCUGAGUUCAGAGACAAGCACACCAUGUUCUCUGAGACCUCUUCGUCAGUCAUUAACCUUGUACUUACCCUCAGUUGUUUUCCCUUCUCCAAUAAAUUUCCCAGCAGAAAACAA